AAUGGCAUAAUCUUUAAGUUCUUAAUUAGGAUAAUUACAACAUCAACAAAAACAAUAUGCUUCACUUCUCUAUACAUAAUAAGUGAGUGCUUAGACAGAUUUAGAUACAAUCUAUUAUUAAGGUUGUAAAGGUAUCAAUAAAUUAACAUAAAUUGAUAAUCGAUUCUCUAGAUUCUAAGAGUCUUUAUUCAAUGUUUAACACAAAGGUUUAUCAAUUAUAAUUAUUUGUAGGUAUAUCAAGACAGUUAUAAACAAAAAUACAGAAUUCUGAUUUAGAUAAAGAGAUUAGAUAAUGUUUGUUAUUAAUGUCUUAAUAUUGGACUUUCGAGGGUACACAUGCAUCAAUGGAAUAUCUAUUAAGAAACUAUAAGAUUCAUGAAUAUUUAGUAGAUGAAGUUAUUAUCUAUUUCUUAGUUUAUCAUAACACUAAGUUAUAUGUUAGAUUAUUAUAAAACUUAGUAGAUUAAUAAAGGUAUCUCUUUAUUUAUAAUUUAGAAAUUCCAUGUGGGCAUUCUUGUAUGAACCAAUUAGUAGAGGUUAAACUAUUUAAAGAGAUCUCCUUAUUAGAUAAAUGUAACUAGAUUAUAGAAUCCUAAAGAAAAUUAUAGAUUAUUAAUCUUUGUUACUCUCUAAAGUUGAAGUACAGGAAGAAAUUGUUUUUACAGUCUAAGAUUACUUAUAUACAGAAGAAGAAAUUUUAAAUAUUAAAUUAAGAUAACCAAAUUAAUUAGCAUUUCUUUAUACCAUUUUGUAAGACUUAAAAGUUACAUCCGGAUAUAUGGAUUAAUUAAGAAGUUCUUUUGGUAAAUUAUUAGCUUUAUGUCUUGAAAAUGGUAAUGAUGAAAAUAAAUCAUUUGCAUAUCUUAUAUUUAAUCUACAAUUAUUUGAUCCAACUAAAGUUUUGUUAACCGAAAAUCAAAUUGAAAAUACAGCUUAAUGGACUUAUGUCUAAAUUUAAAAUAAUGAUAACCUUUUAGAUCUAGCCAUAUUAUUUUAUUAAUUUGGCAUCAAAACUACUUAUGAAACUUCAUUAAAAUUAUUAAGUAAAGAUCUAUCCAAAUAUUUUAAUAAUGGUUUACUUUUAAUUGAAAUCAUUAAAUAAUUAAAGGAUACUUAAAUACCAGAAAAACCAUUACAUUAAUUAAUAUUUUAUUUGAAACAUCUCUUAACAAAAAAUGACAAUCAUUUCUUAGAUUCGCUUGUUUCUAUUAUGCAUGAUUAAAUUAUAUCUGUUGUUAGACCUUAUCUUUAAGAUACUUAAUAUAAACACUUAUUUCCUAAAUCUAACCAAAUCAAUUUAACAUUUAAUAAUUCUGAAAAUGUUAUUAAAUAAUUAACUUAGAAAGAGCCUGAUCUUUCUAUUGGAACAUUAGUUAAUAUUAUUGAGGAUUCAUUUCACUACUUUAUAAAAUCUAAAAAGAUUUAAUUUAUUAAAAUUUUAAAUCAAUGUUUGCAAAUUGCAGAAACUCAAUUUCCACAAGCAAUUAUGUUUAAUACAAAUAAACUCUAUUAAUUAAUAAAUUGUAUUUCAGAUCAAAGUGAUAAUAGAGAAAUUUUUUAAAAUCUCUAAUAUAUACUUUAUUAUACUCAUUCUAAAUAAGUUGACUCAAACAUACUUGAAUCAUUAUUGCUGCUUAGUGUACAUUUUAAAAUUGAUAUAAUCAAUGAAUUAAUAAAAUAACAUUAAGUUAUUAAGCAAGUUUAAAAUAAAGAAUAACUAUUAAGAUUAAUUAAAUAAUCAGAUGAAUUAUUAAUUAAAUCAAUUUUAUAAAAUAAUCAUAAUUCCUAAUUGAUUAUUUAUAAACAAUUAUAAAUUGAAUUAUGUUACAUAUUAUAAGAAGAAUAAAGAUUAUAAAACUUUAUUAAUUUAUAUCCAGAAGAUGAUUAAUAUAUUGCUAAAAUGAUGCAAUCAUUAUAAAUCAUUUAAUUAUUAAAUUUAGAAAAUCCUCUCAGUAUCAAAUAUUUAAAGUCCAUCGAUAUUGAUCCUGAAAUAUUUUUUAAUAAUGAUUUAAAUCAUAUUGGAACUUUGAAGGUAUUAUUACAUUAAUCAAGUCGAAAUCUAAACUUUGUAUUUAAGCUAUUUUUAAUUUAUGAUGAUUUAAAGAUUGAUUAAUAAGAACUUUAUCUGUAAUUAUUAGCAGAAUUAAAAGAAAAUUUUAAAAAUAAUCUUAAAAUUUAAAAGACUAACUUUUCAUAAUAACUUUUGUAAUUAACUAUUGGAUAAUUGAUAAAAAAUAGAAAAGAAGCCAAUUUUACAAAAACUCUUGGAAAUUUAAAAGAUUAAGAUGCUCUUUUAGAAUUGUAAACUCUUUAUUUAGAAAAUUUUGAUGAUCUAAGAUACCGAUAAUUAAAAUCAAUAUGUAGUACAUUAACUAAAACGAAGCAACAGAUUAAAUAAGAUAAAAUUACGACUCUUAUUAAAUUUAUUGAGAAUCAUUUUAAGAAUGAUUUUAUUUCAAGUUAUCUUAAUAUUUUAUAAUAUUAUGGUAAUAUAAAGAAUCGACAAGAAUAAUUAGACUUUACAUUUCUUAAGAAAACUUUAUUUAAAUUGCCAAAGGAUUAUUGUGAAGUUAUAAAUGAAUAUAUCAAUUAAGCCAAUAUAUUUAGUGCAGAAUUAAGAACUUAGAUGAUAAUUUUUGUUUACUCUAAUAAUUUAAAAAACAAACAAAUAGUUGUCUAAGAGGAUUUAGAUUUUAAUUUAAUUAUAAGCUUGUUAGAAACUCCUAACUUAGAUAUAUUAACACAUUUAGUUGAUUUAUUAAGAGCUAAUAUUUAACACAUUAAUAUAGAAUCAAUAAGAAAAUGCUUCAAGUUAAAUAUUGUUUAACCAACUCAAAUCAUUUUAAUUUCUCAAAUUAUAUAUGAUUAUUUAGAUCAUCAUUAAAUUAAUUUAUUAGAAGAAUGUUCUUCACUUUUAAAAUAAGUGCUAGAAUAAAAUUUAGAUCUAAGUUUAUAAAUUAAUUAUUCUGCAAUUUCUAGUUGUAUAAGAUUAAUUACGAAGCAUACUUAAAUAAAUAAAUGCAAAUCUGCAUUUCAAUCUUUAACAUAUCCAGAUAUCAAUACAUAUGGAAAGAAUAAUACUUUACUAUUCUAUCGUAUUAUAAUUGAGUAAUUUUAGAAUCACAAUAUAAAAUACUUUAAUUAAUGCAUAUUUGCUUUUUUUAUAUCUUAAUUGAUAUCAAUAACUUCCACUAUGGAUGUUAAUUAAUAGAUUUUGUAGAAUUUUGGACUGUUUUCUUAGGAAUAAUGGUGGAUAAUUACAUAUAUUUUAUCUACUUAUUAUUUUCCAAAUGAUUUUAUUCAAUUAUUCAAAGAAUAAAUAAAUAAAUUUUCGCCUUAAAUUAAAUUAAAUAUUGCAACAGCUUUAGCGGAGUCUUUAUUUUAUAGAACAUAAAGACAUUAAUAAAUUUUAUAAAUUAAAUUGAAUCAAAAAUUAACUCAACUUUAAACUCCUAAUUUAGAGGCUUGCAUUAAAAAAGUAGGUUAAUCUUUAAGAGGAUAAUUGAAACCAAUUAAAAUAAAGCUUUCUCUUUUGAGAUUAUUAGAAUUAGUUGAGGAUUUGUAAAGAUAAUUAUCAAAUUAUUUAAUAUAGAGUGAUUUAAAUUUAUAGUAAGCAAGCUAAUUAAAAAGUUUAAUUGUUCAUAUAUCUAAAUUUUCUAAUGUUUUUGGUCACUCAAAAUUAAAAGCUUUAAGUGAAAGAAUUAGAACAUCUUUGAUUCAUUCAAUGAAAAUUGAAACAUUAGUUCCUUUGAUUAAGAAUUGUAUCUCAAUUAAAAGUGUCUCACGUAUACUUUUAUAAGCUUUUAAUGAUAUUUUAAGGUUAGAUUUAAUUAAAAUUUAAAAACAACAAAUAUAAUUAAUAAGAGAAUUAGUCUCAUAGAUAAUUAUUGAAAUAAGUUUACCUACUCCAAAUUUUUCAACAGAAAUGCUUUUAUUAUUAAAUUACUUGUAUUCAAUACCAUUCAUUCAAAAAUAAUUGCAAUAAUAAGGGUAAGAAAUAAUGUCAAUUUUAAUUAAACUAAUUGAUUCUUUAAAUGAGUAAGAUUAAUCGUUGGUUUUAAAUCUAUAUUCAUUAAUUUCAUAGAUUGACUAAUACCCAUAUCUAAAUGAUUUAAAUUAAGUUAUUGAUUUACUUAUUAAACUUCUCUGUUAGGAAGAAAAUAUAAUAAAAUUAGAUAAUAAUGAAUUUAUGUAUAAUAAUGAACAAAUAAUUCAUAAAGUUUCAAAUAAACUUAUUUUGAUGAAUACAUCUUAUGCUUUAAUUAAAUCAUUCAAAGGAUUAAUAAGUAAAUAACAUUUGACUGAAAUCUCAGUUUUAUAUUUGAUAGAAAGUGAUAAAUAAGGCUUUUAAUGCAUUUUGGAUAAUAUUGAAAACAGAGUUCAUUUAGAUGUAUAUAUAAAUAGUAUUAUAAAUUAAUCAAUAAAAUUAAAAUCUUUUGUAGUUUUUAAUUGUGUAGAUAAUUUAGCAUAAUUAAUAUAAAAAUGCUAGUCAGAAUUGAUUUGUGAAUAAUAUAUGUAAUUAAAUAGGGAAAUUUAAUUAAUUUUUGAUUAUUCAAGAGAAUUAUAUAUCGAUUCUGAAUAAAAAAAUGGGAUAUUCGAUGCUGAUAAAUUAGAAUAUUAAAUAAAUUAAUCAUAUAUUGAGAUUGUAUUAAAAAUAAAUGAUGUUGCUUUUAAGAAAUUAUUUAGCAAUUUAAUUUCUUGGUCAAGAAAACAAUUACAAUAAGUUGGUUAUAAUUUUACUAAAUAUAGAAGAAUAUAAUUUUUUAGACUAUCAACUUAGAUUAGUGAUAAAUUGGGUAAAUACUUUACUAAAUAUUAUUCAUAUAUAUGGGAUGCUAUAGUAAAUGAAUUACAAACAUUCCAUAAUAUUUUCUAUGAAACUCCAAAAUAAGCAAGUAAAAUUAUAAUUUAUAUUUAUAGAACUUUAAAAAAGAGCAAAUGAUGAAUGUGAUAUGUUCUACAGAUUAGAGCUACUUUUGAAUAGACAUAUAUUAUAGUCAAUAAGUUCUUUGUGUCAAAAUGAUUGUGAGUAAUUUGUUGAUACAGAAAAAUUUGAAAAAUUAAGUGAACCAUUAGCAUUAACAUUGGAUAGUCCAAAAGUUUAGUAAUAUGAAUCAAUCUUAUAAUAUAUUGAUGAAUGGAUUACUCCAACUAUUUUAGCCUUAUUCUAAUUAAUUAAUGAUGAUUAUAAAUGGAAGGAUUUCCAUUUAAAAAUAUUAUCUGUUAUAAGCAGACAUUCUAAUAAAAAGAAUGAAACAAGUUCAUUCAUUAUAAUAGGAAUAGUUAAGUUAAUUCAUAGAUUAAUUGAUUAACUAGAUGAAAGAUAUCUUGUAUUGAUGAACGAUUUAAUUCCAUUUUUGCAUCAAUUAACAUCUACUAAUUUAAAUUCAGAAGAGGUAUCUAAUAUAUUUAAUCAUUUUAGUUAGAAAAAAGAGUUAAACAAUUAAUUGUUAGAUUAUCUUAAUUAAGUGGAGAAGACAUUGUAACAGCUUUAAAAUGA